AUGGACAUCGUAUUCGGUGUUGAGUACGAGUUUUACGAUGGACACGCCAGGAAACCCGAUCGCACAUUUAUCGUCAAUUCAAGUUGCCUAAAUUAUUUAUACUUUGAUAAUUUUGUGUUUAAGAUGCUCCAUUACAUUCAACAAACAAAAUACAACCAUCCGGGGGAAUCGUUACAGUGGCCGAGAAUGAAUUCUACGCAGAUCGUCUUUUUCUUUGGUUAGACUUGAAAAAAAUAAUCAUUUUUCUUUGUUUAUGAAGCUUCAUAGAAUCUAUUUCAUUAAAAAUUGAAUUCAGGAGGACCGCUGCUCAAAAGUUGUUUAUUGAAGAGCGAUCUUUGAUGCUGACAACUCAAGGGGCUUCGAUUUGCAUCGACUUUUCGAGGCCUUCGAUUCUUCCCGGAACUUCUAUCACUAUUUUUCAAGGAGGUUUUGAUGAACAAUAAUUAAAUUAUUUAAUUUUUGAUGUUUCAGAACGUGUUUUCAAUUGUGGUUCCGACGCAAUCGAGUAUCCAUCGUUUUUUUAUAUUCGAUUGGAGCCUAGCCGGAAUUAUGAUGUCAGUUUGAAGCGUUUUUGCUGGAUUUUUCAAGUUUUCUUCAUUUUUCAAUGUGAUUUGAAGAGUUUUUUUCAAGUGUUUCAUGUGAAAUUUGCCAAAAAAACGAGAAAAAGUAAUUUUUGUUCGAUUUUUUUGAGAAUUUUUCGCUUGUAAAUUUAGAACUGAAAGCUUUGUAAAAAAAUUAUUAAUUAGGGAGAUUUUUUUCGAAAGAAAAAAAGCAAAAUAAAAUUUCCCUUCUCGUAAAAAGCCUUUUUUUGAGAUUUUUAACGGAACACAGCUCCAAAAUUCCUCAAGAUACUCCAUCAGGCAACGAUUGUACAUCAUUUCAAGACAUAGAAAAUCAACUUUUUUAAUUCCAGGUGCAGCCGCGAUCGAUUCUAACGUCGAUAUCCCACGAGGAACUUUUCCUCUAUCACACUUCCUAUCCCCUGACUAUCGGAACUCCAUUGAGGGCCAGUAUCACUCAGAGACCCAGCAAAAAUGGGGUGAAUCUUGUGAUUUUUCGUGAUGAAAUAAGUGAAUUUUAACUAAAUUAGGUUUGGAAAUGAUCGGAAAAGAGUUAAAAUUACAGAAAAAAUCAAUAAUUACAAAAGUAGAGUGGAAAUUCAGCACCAAAAAUGGACUUUUUAUAAAUUUUCCUGUCUCCUUUUUAUGGUUUUUUGUUGAAAAGGUCCAUUUGAAAAUUUAGAAGGUGUUUUUGAAUCAUUUUUUGAUAGGAGUUUUAUUCCUCAUAAGGUUAAAGAGAUCAGGAAAAAAAACUGAUAAAAAAAUAAAAAAAUCAUAGAAAAACGAACUUUUGGCAAUAAUUUUGAAAGUAUUGGAGUUUUUUUAUAGAAGUAUAACGUUAUGGUGAAUUUUUUUCGAAUCCGAUUUUUUUAAAUUUGGAUUUUAUGAAUAGCCUUUUUUUCUAGCUCAAACUUGACAUCGAGUAGAAAAAAAUUUAUUAUUCAUUUUAAAAAAAUUGUUGGAUAAAAAUGAAAUCCUGUUGAAAUUGAUAAAAAAAUACGAAAUAUUGUCAUUUUAGCUGAAUUUCUCAAUAUUUAGCAAGAUUUCUGUCUUUUUUUCUUUCAAAAAUUGCAGAACUUCAAAGAAAAAAACAUCCGUUGAUUUUUAUUCAUAAUCCAUCCAUUUGCAGCUUUUUUUCUGAAGAAAAAAAAUUUUUAUUUUACAAAAAAACAAUUUUUCCUAGAUCGCCUAUUGCUCCGCCGAAGGACAACUCGUCUACAUCCGUUUGAAUCCCCAAUAUGGUCAUAAUGGUUUUUUUCCACAAUCGUCUAGAAAAAUAAUAAAUAAAUCUUAUUUCAAGACGAUAAACACGAUGAGCACGUUCUACGUGAUGGCGGCCUUCUGAAACGAUUUUUGGGAGGUAUUUUGAUGGAAAAAAUAGAGAAUUAUUGGAAAAUUGAUCAGGAAACACGAGUUCGGACGCGGUCAGCGACGUGUGUCUCGUGAAAAAAGCGCGGGUCAACGAAAAUGAAAUCGAGCCAAGAAAAUCGGCUCUUGGUGAGAUUUACAGGGACAUUUUCCGGAAAAAAAGUGAUUCAAUUGAAAUUUUGACAAGAAAAUGUUGAUUUUCUGCGAUUUUGACAGAUUUUUGGGGUUUUUUCUCUCACUGAAUUGGUUUAAAACUAUCCAAAAUUGAAAAAAAGUAGAAAAAAAUUAUUCCAGCUCUUGAUAAGUUUCAAAAAAAUGACUCAAUAUAAAAAAAUAUAUGUUCGAAGUUUUUAGGAUAACUUCCAGAUUUUUCGAUUAUUUAAGAAAUUUUUUUGUAAGAACUCGACUCUCAUAUCGAUUAGAACAUUCAAGCUCUUGGUUGAAUUUUUAAUAGUUUGAAAAAAAUGAAAACAGCGCGUUUUAAAUAGAUUUUUCUUAUUCAAAAGGCAAAAAUAAGCGUCACAAUCCCGAAACGUCCCCCUACAAGUGCCUAAGUGCAUGUAGUUUAGAGUCUGCGAAGACGGUCUUUUAAAAAUUUUUACGAUGAUAUUCAAAAUGAAAUUUUGAGAGAUCAAAUUUUGAUAUUUCCUUUGGAAUGAUCUCUCAUUAUAGAUGACAUGUUGAUCUGUCGAAAAAAGAAACAAUAGGACACAUUUUUUAGGCAUGUUAAUUUUUCAUUCAGCGGAAAAUGUUACCAUUUCAUUUUUAGUUGACAUGUUAUGGAAAUAUUGACCAAAAUAUCACUCGAAAGAUCAUUUUUUCAGACUCUACUCUUGAUUGAUUUUACGAAAACACUGUUUCGAAAAAAUAAAAAUUGAAAAAAGCGUAUUUAAAGAAGGUUUUUCUCCUUUAAAAAGCAAAAAUAGGGACCGGAAUCCCGGAACGCCCCCCUAUAAGUACCUAAGUACAUGUAGUUGUGAAAAAAAUUCAUAUAUAUCUUUUUCAGCGCAUGCCGAUUCGGAUAUCGCUUACGCAGUGACGACGGACGGAUGGCUCCGUGGCUGGAAUGUUGAUGUUCGUUUUCCUUUUUUCUCUUAUUUUCAAUACUUUCAGGAUUUUUCAGAGAAAUUAUUCCUCACUUUUAUUCCUUGAACAAUUUAGACUAAUCAAGUUUUUUUAUGAAAAAAAAAAUUUGCUCUUUGUUUUCUAGUAAAUUCCAAGUUCUUUGUCAGCUUUUUUCUGUAUUUUACUCUUACGAGGAAAAACUAUUUUCAGUGUUUUUUUUUUCCCACUUUUCUAAUAGUUUUUUUAUCUUUUUUUCUUUAGGGAUUUUUGGAUAUUUUUUUCAGCGGUUUAUUUAUUUAUUUUUUUCCAUCAAUUUUUUCCCUAACCUGAUUUUUAUGUUUCACUCGGAAAAUAUUUAUUUUCAAAUCUUUCAAAGGCAUUAUGUGACUUAUCCGCUUCUCUUUCCAGCGAUACUAAAAAUUGACCAAAAAAGAAAUUUUCAUUAAUUAUGAUAGUUUCAUGAAUACUUUGUAAAAAUUCUUGAAAAACUUUGAAUUUUUUUUCAAUUUUGUGCAGUUUUUUGUUGCUUUUUUGCGCAAUUUUUGAUGUUUCUACAUGAAAAGGUCUAUUUUCAAUGAUUUCCAGGCCCAAAGAGUGUCGACAAAUUCGUUGGAUUUGAAGCCAUUUGCGUGUUUUUCGUCCGGUAUUGAUGAGGAAGUCGAUGGCGAGAAAAAUUGAUUCAGGUUUGUUGUGAAAAAAAUAUUUUUAUGCUUGAAAAACCGAAAGAUUCUAGUCGAAAUUUGGUUUUUUUCUUGUAAAAAGUUGGAAAAUUUUUGGUAUUUUUUUGAGUAAUUUUUCAAAAUUUUCUCAACUGGAAAGUGUCUUUUUAGCUCCAGAAAUGUUUUUUUAAGAAGCUCUCGAUUUUUUUAUAAGCUCAAAAACCAUCAUAAAUUCUAGAAUUUGAGUUUUUGAGCCACAUUUUUUUCAAAAAAACGUGAAAUAUUAUUCCUAGUAAUAAUUUUACAUUGUAAACAGGUUCGAAACGAUUAUUCCCAACCUGAAAAAAAUUCAAAAAAAUCACAUUAUAAUUUUUUUAAAAAAAGCCUUAUGAUUUUUCUUAUUUUUAAAGUCGAGAAAGAAGACGCAACAUUAAACUUAAUUUUAAUCCCUUUAAUUGAAACGUUUGAAACGUAAGGUCUCCUUUUUAAUGUGAAGUCUGAAAAAUGGGGAAUUUUUCAGUUUUUUAGGAUUUUUUGUCUGUUUUCUCAACUUUACAGUUUUUUUUUAUUCAAGUAGUUUCCGCGAGAUUCAAUAUCUGACUCUCCAAAAUUCAGUUAUCUUUCUCACUCUCUGACGGUUAUUUUUUAUUUUCAUGGUAUUUCUUUGGAAACAUCGUUAUGACCGAUAUCCCUGUUUCAACGAUCUUUUUUUAAUCGUCACUAGUUUUUUUCGACUAAUAAGUUUGGCAGUAUUGGAAGCUGGAAAAGUCGGUCGGUUCGGUCACUUUUUCAAAGUGGCUGUUUUUUGAAAAUUUUAAAGUUUUUUCAGUUCUAACUUUUGAAAUGCGUAGAAAUCUCGGUUCUGGUGAGGUUUUAAUUUUUCGAAAAAAAGGAAAUAUUGGUGCCCAAAAUAGGAGUUUUCGUGUUUUUUUUUUUCAAUAAACUUCAUGUCAACAUUUUAAUUUGACCUGAAAUCGAAAUACGUCAAUAUUUGAGAGCAUUUUUUUUUUAGCGAAAAUGUGAAAAUUCAGAAAAAAAGUGAUUUUUUGUAAGUAUAAUGGUCAGAGAUUUCGAAAAACUGACUUUGAAACUUUUCAUAUUUUAAAGAAAUAGGUACUUUAAGGCCGUCAACACCUGUGUAAAGCCUAAACACUUUAAAAAUUUUGAAAAAUUGAAAAAUUAGGUUUCCCAAGAAAAUUGACCGAACCGACCGACUUUUCCAGCAUUCCGUCUGCUCUUGACACAAUUCUCGAUAAAUAUGCCAUUUUUCCAGUGGACAACGAGUCGUCCUAUCUCAUCAAAUCCUACCAAAUCGACGAGAAAGACGUCCUUCUGGUCGUGGCCGCAGUCUCCUCGGCCCAAGGCGCCGCUUUUCAUUUCGUCAAAGCUUCCGAGGACAAAUUGACCUACAUCGGUAGUCAGACCAAGGUAGUAUUCAGGGUUUUCGUGUAUUUUUUGGAAGAAAAUUUUUGCGAAUCCUUCCAAUGAUACGUCUAUACGUUAAACCUACUCAGAACUGUCAUUUUUUUAUUAAAGAUAAGAAUUUUUGAAGUUUUUCAAAUCUUGAAAAGUUCAAAAAUGAGCUUUUAUCAAAACGUAUUCUUAGUUUUAAGUGGUGCACGGGCUACCGUAACCAAAUGAAAGCUUCAAGAUUGAACUUUUCGAUUUAAAAAAAAGAAAGGGGCUGUAUCUUUCAUGAAUUUGAGGUCAACUUCGUACAUGGAUUUUUCCAAAUCCAUAUAUGAAGUUUACAGUUUCAAUUUAUUCAACUAUUGAGGGGAAAAAAUGGUCAGAAUUGACCAAAUCAAGUAAAGGAUAAAAUGCCCGAGAAAAUCGAGCCAAAGGAAAGAUUUUCCGACUGCGAAAAUUCCGCUGCAAAAAAUGGUUCUGAAGGAAAAGUUACUGCGCUCUUACUAUCAAGUUAAAAUAGUUAUUAGAUUUUUUGGAAAGCCGAAGGCAUGUUUCGCGUAGAAAAAAUAGUUCCAGAAGGUGGUUUGAAGCUUUUUUGAAAACCUGCCUUUUCAAAUCGCAAAAAUAUUUCGGUUUUUGUUCACAACUCUGUUUUGAGUUGAGUAGAAAGGUUCCCUUUCCAGAAAUGAGUUACUGCAUAGGUUUUAUAGUUUCGUGCAAUUUUUCAAGGCAUUUGAACUUUUUCCAGAGAAGUUAUGCCCAAGAGACUUUUUUUUUUAAAACACCCUUAUUGUACCCAAAAAACUGAUUUUCCAGAAACAGCUCGACGCAGAUUCGGAAGAGAAGCUUAUGGACUUUGCCCUCCUGAAAGUCACCCCGCCGGAGAGCCGUUUCCACCAGAGAGAGUCCUCGCCCCUGGAGUUGGACGAACAGUCGGACGACUCGGACGAGGUCGAAAUGGACGAGGAGGACGAGGACGGCGUCGAGGAGGAGUACGAGAUCGUCGAACGGAGUCUCGGCACGAAGCCGAGGAGGAGAAGGGCCCGACAGGCGGUCCCCUGGAACUCCUGGGUCCUUAGCCUGACCGCCAUGUGGCACACGUCUUCCCAGUCGGCCAGGAAGGAGUACGUCCUCCGGAGAGUCGUCGUCGCCGUGUUAGUUUUCAUCAUGUUUGGAAAAUAUAUGCAUUAUGCUUGGGGGGCGGGGGGCUAGGGAAGUUACAAAUGUCGGAAUUUCAAAGAAGGGAUCUCUGUAGGGAAAUUCACCCCUGUGUUAGUUCUAAAAAAAGGUUCAGAGACAGGCUUUUUUUCGUAGGUAAGUCGCUUAGGAAAUCACGAAAUUAAUAAGAAAUAAGGUUUUUGUUUGGAACGUUUUUUUCUCUUCGAAAAUUACAGUAGAUUAAAUUUUUUUCCGAAGAAAAAAAUGCUAGAGAGGCUUGCAAAUUUUGGUUUCCUGACCUAGGAAACUCUGUAGGGGACGUCACCGAUGUUUUAGAUUUUUCCUGAUCUUUGAAAUUUUCUGCGAAGAGUUGGAAGUUAAAGAAAAGAGGUUUACAGAGAAAAAAUGUCUAAACAAAUUCGAAUUUUGAUUUUCAUUAAAAAUUCCCAUAGGAACGUAAUCGCUGUGUUAGUUUCGAUAAAGCUCUGAAAAUUCAUAGAUCAGGCUUUUGCGAAAAAAAAGCUUGAAAAAUCUUGCAAAUUUUGGAAUUUAGAAUGAAUUGAACGCUGUAUGGAAAGUCGUCACUUAUUAGUUUUUUUUUGAAAUUCAGCAAUUCGAUUUGAAAGAGAAGGGAUCUGAAAACAGAAUAUUUUAAGGAAAAUUCGCUCGAAAAUCUUUGAAUUUUUUGAAUUUUUAACGAUGGGGACUCUGUAUGAAACGUCAUCAUUGUGUUAGAUUUGCUAAAUUUUUGAAAACCUUAAUUUAAAAUCAGAAAUUGCUCAAAAGUCUUGCUCUUCUUGAAAUUUGUAAUAGAUGAAGUUCUGUAGGGCACGUCACCGAUCUGUUGGAUUUUUCCUGAUUUUUGAAUUUUUUUUUGUUGCGAAAAACCACACGUCAAGCUUCUGCUCGAAAAAUAGAGUUUGAAGGAGAGCCUCAUUUCCUUGAAACCCAAGCCUUUUCUGAUUCCUGAACCGAAAUCCCAAUAACUACAGUGACUUUGACGACUGCAAGCAGACGGAGCAGUUCGGAUGGCACGACGUCGGCCGAUUCGAUGCCUCUUCCCUCAGGUCGUCGUGUGUCUCCUCGUUCGCCGGCGUCGGACCCUUCUCCGACACGGAAUCUGAAUCCUCGGUCAGCAGCGCCUCACCCACGAACAUCCCGCCCGACGCCAAGGUCGACGAACUCCGCGACGUCGUCUUCAACGUCGACAACUACCCCUUCGACGUCGUUCAUCGCGCCGUCAGGGUCCGCUAUUUUUCAAUCUUUUGGGUUUCUCGAUUAGAACGUCUGUAGGAGUGUAGGAAGGGUCAGUAUCUUUAACAAAAGUUGCCGUACACGAUUUCGAAGUGAUCAAUUUCCCAAUAUUCCCAUUUUCUACAGUUUCAUUCUAGGUUGUUACGGUAUGAAAAUAACUGUUUAUUUCCGACCGGUUGACCCAGGGGUGCACCGAAAACAUCAAAAAGUUCACUUUUUUUCGGGGUUCACUGAGGAGCCAACCCCCCUUUUUUGUUAGAAUAUUCCAUCGGGUUUUUCAAGUAGUCCGUGGAAAAAUGAAAAAUACGAAAAAUUUGAUGAGAAAAAGUCUAGGAAAAUUGAAUUUUCCGAUUUUGGCUCUCCUCGGAACAAGAAUUUCGAGUCGUCAUGAAACUUUUUUACUUUUUUUUUUUUUUUUGUUUUACCGAAAUGGGGUUUCAUCCUUUUAUAACCGAUUCACGGCUAACUUGAGACACUAAGAGGGCGUGGCCUGUCUGCGCUCUCCCCCAACCAGGCACUAUCUCUUUUAUUAUCGUGUCAGGACCCUUUUUUUGAUGGCUCAAGCCAGCCGUAAUCAGCUAUAUUCGCUUCUCUUCUGGUUUUUGAGGAUUCUUCUUGAGGCCACUUAAGAGGUCCCUCAAGGACUACUUGGAGAGGACACUAAAGAGGUCCCUUAAACCAAUCUUAUAGAAGCCACCGUUUUGCAUCUUAGAGGCCCCUAUAGCAGUUUUAGAGGUCUAGUAGUACCACUUAGACUUCUAAAAAGGUCACUUGAUUUUAGCCUCUUAAGUGGCCACUAAUUUGACUGGCCACUAAAACGUCAAAACCCUAUAGUGCCCACUAACAAUUAUCACAGUUCUUCAUUCAGUCGACUCCAGGAUAUCUGUUCAGAUCGUCUGUGAAGGCUCUAGAGGCAACAGUAUUCGCCAUGGAAGUUGGCUGGACCUCGCCAAACACGUCGAAAUGUACCUGGAUUCUUCUGAGGCAAUCAUCAUGUUUUUGAAAAAAUGACAAGAAGGAUGUUUUUUCAGUUCAAUAGCCAUUACCAAAUGAAAAAUGAGCGCGGUUUGAGACUCCGCGCCGGGGCUGAGGACAUCAUCGCGGCCGCUCAGAGCAAGUGGGCGGUUUUUAAAGAUUCUAGGAAAAAAAGCAAUUUUUGAAGGUUCUGGCGGGCUCUCGUCAACGCCUGCGACGAACUGCAGCAGUCGGCGCGUGGCCCGAUCAGUUUGGCCGCCGUCCAACUCAGCAACGACCUGAGGUUGAUGGCUGUCGUUCACAAGGUGAUUAGGAAAAAUCGGUUUAAGAAAAUGGUAAAAAUUAAGUUUUAAUGGCGAAUUCGAUGAAAAUAAGAUUUCGAAGGGUUAGAUACACGGAAAUUCCUGUAGAUAAUUGAACAUAUUUAUUUAAAAAUAGUUCCAAAAAAGUCCAGAGUUCGUUUUCUGGAUAUGAUAACUGAGUUUUAAUUGCAAAUUCGAAGAAAAUGAGAUUUUAAAGGGUUAAAUAUACAGAAGUCCCGGUUGAAAAAUGAACUUAAUUAUUUAAAAAUUGCUCCUAAAGAGUCCAGAGUUAGUUUUCUGUUCUUUUUUUAUUGUAUAAAAUUUCGAUAAUUGCUUGAAGGCAAGUCCCCAGUAGUGAUAAAAGGUCGAUGGCUGUCGUUUAUUGAGAAAACCGGUAAAAAAUUGUUGAAAAUUAAGUUUUAACGGCAAAUUCAAUGCAAUUAAAUUUUUAAGGGUUAAUUUCUGAGAGAAUAAAACGUUCAAAUAAAUGGAAUCGGGAAGAAAAGGUUUUUUUUUCUCUCAAAAAGUCCAGGGGUAUUUUUCUGUUCUUUUUAUUUUAUUUAAUUUCGAAAAAAUAGGUUUGAAAAAAAUCAGAAUUUUUCAUGAAAAAAAUGUUUUGACACCGAAAUUUAUGAAAAAUGUAAGUUCGAAAAAGUUGUUUACAGGAAUUUUUUUAUAGAAUUAAAUGAGAAAAAAACAUAAUCUUUCUUUAAGAAUACAAAGAAAAGACAGUUUUUAGUUUUUUGGAAUUGACUCCUCAUGAUUUUGAAUAACUUUUGUUUAGGACCGCUUCACCUUAUUGCGAGACGUUGAGCCGAGUCUCUACGACGCGGUGUGUGGCCCGGGCAACGGCCCGAGCGUCGACGACCGUCUUCUGCCCAAGAUGAACGAGGCCCGAGCCAUCGCCGAGAGUCGUCUCAGGUUGAUGGUCGGUUUUCGGUUUCAGAAAGAUUUAAAAAGGAGAUUCAACUACAGGAUGACAUUAAUAAUUUGUUAGGGCUCGAAAUGGAUUUUCUUUUUUUUCGAAGUCGAAUUCAAGCGAAUCUUGCUGAAGUCGAUUUGGACGACGGAAAAAAAUUUGUUUUUUCACUACCGUAGCCCUAAAAAGGGGGCGGGGCCAGUAAAAAUCCUUAGUAACGUUUUCAGGAACUUGUGUAGUUAAACUGGUAUUUUCGCUACAGUAGCCUUAAAAAGGGGCGAGGCCAGUAAAAAUCCUGAUUAACGUUUUCACGACCUUGUUUAGUUAUUGUGAUCACAAAGUGAGCCUACUAGAAAACGUUCCUCGCAAUUGAUCUCGUUUUCGAGUUAGGACACUUCAAAAGCUUGAAAUAGCGCUUUUUUGACCUAAUUUGGGCAUUUUGCGAACUUUGAAGCUUCAUAAUUCAAAAAAAAAGAUUCACUGCGGGAUUUUAUUUCUUUUUCUGCAGUCUGAGAGCCCUAAAGUGUACACUUAACCAAAAUUUCAUCAAAAGCUGGGGGUAAAAAACGUUCCCUAGUCAGAGAACUCUGAAAUUUUGAAAUAUCACUUUUUCACCGUUCAUCGAGAACGUGUUGAAAAUUCGUAUCUCAUGUUUUUCUCUAAAUCGGGUAAAAUUAUUUUUCAAAUAAUCGAAAAAACGGCGCACGGAACGUCUCGUCCCCCUUUUUCACAGUGAUCCACGAUUUUUGAGCUUUUUUUCCGAAAAGAUGCUUUUCUGAUUUUUCCUAUCAUUUUUCCCACUUAGAACCGCGAGGACCAUCACACGGCGUUGGAUCUCCGUGGCGAGGACGACAUCCGGCCCGGAUUGCCCUCGAAUUUCGACGAUUUCGACGAAGACGGCAACAGAAUGACCGUGCCGGCGACCCUCGACCAGACCAUUAUCGGCCUUGUCGAGGCUUUCUUGGUCCUCGUCCAGUACGACCGCCAGAACUUUUCGAGUAAUUUUAGCGUUCUUGGAGUUCUGAGAGCUUAAAUUUCUCGGUUUUAUCGACGCCUAUAUCGUUCCUAGUUCAUAGUGGAUACGAAAAACGGAAAAAAGGACACGAUUUAGUGAUUUUUGCAAGUUUUUAGGGGGGAAAGUUUGAAAAUAACAAUAAUUUGAAUUAUUUUUUUCAUAAUAUAAUUUUUCUUGGUUGAAACGGUGUUCAUUUCCGGAUUUUUCCUAACGGAAUCAGUUCAUUUACAUCAAAUAUUUCGCGAAAAAAAGCUUUGAAAGUUUUUUGGAUAAAUGAAGAUGAUUCACUCAUAAUUGCACUAAAAAGACAAUUUUUGAACUUUUUUUGUAUUUUCAACUUCCCCCGAACGCCUUCCAUCCACAGUCAAGCCAAGAAAAAUGCAUUCUAAAUACUGAAAGGACCCCAAAAAAAUAAGCCUAAAUAUAGAAAAAGUUGAAAAAAAAAAUGUUCUGCGCGAAAAAGCCUCUUUUCUAGAACAAAGCCAAAAAAAAAUUACAGGAAUCACAGCUUUUUUUUUGCGCUUUCGCAUCGAGACCCCGCAAAAAAGACAGGUAUCAAUGCGAAACUUGCAUUGAAAGUCAAAAAGAACUUUUAGCAUUUAAAAAAUAAUUGAGAAGUUACCUAUAAUUAUUUAUACUCUUACAAGCGAAGAAUCCAAAAAAAUUGGAAAACUAAAAAAAUUUCAAUUUUGAAACAGUAAAUUUUUGAUCAGUAAUAUCUUAUUGUUUAUCCCGUGCAGAAUAAUCUUGUUUUUUUCUUUGAUAUGAAGUGUUGAAAAAAAUCUAUAGCUGAUUCAUGGCAGGCUUAACCCACCGAAAAUGGGUCCUGACACGAUAAUGCACGAAAUAGUGCCUGGCUCGUGGAGAGCGCAGACAGGACACGCCCUCAUAGCGACCUAAGCUAGCCGUGAAUCGGCUAUACCGUAAUCAAAGAUUUUUUUCACGUUUUCGCUUCGAAACCCUGAAAAAAGGAACAUGCAUCGAAGCGAAAUUUUGAACAAUAGGUAUUUUUUGGCGAAAAAAAACGUGACAAGCGGGCUAACCAACACGAAUUUGGUGUAUUUUGAAGGAUACGGAAGUUUUCAGGCGAAUUGACGAGGUCGAUGUUCGGCGGCGCCUUGACCCAAAGCAUCAUCUCGGCGAACAUUUCCGUCGUCAUUUCCCAAAGAUUGAUCUUCACCUUGACCUUGAGGACUCUUCUCAAAGCCAUUUUCGUGGUAGAACUCCUAAAAAUUAUUUUUGGAAAAAAAUUUUCAGCGCACCCCGUCCCAUGAAAAAGAACAUUUGCGUGGGCAGCUGAAAAAUGUGAUCAAAGAGUACCGGGAAGUCGCCGAACAGCUCGACGUCAAGAUCAUCAAGUGGGUUUUUGGGAUUUUCGAUCCGAAAAAAAAUUGCGCGUUGAUUUGGAAAUUUUGUAUGCAACAAGUGUUAGUAAAACAGUUAAAACAGGGAAUUUUUCAAUUUUGAACCCUUUCUCCUAAAAAAAUUAUCUCAAGACUAUGAAAAAUUCUGAGAAAAAAAGAUUUGGAGUUGUUAGAAGUCAAAUUUUUGAACUAAUUUUUAGAAAAAUGUAGAAGUUCUGCUUUUUUUAUUUCAUCCUGAAUAUUAGGAUUUAUUGAUAGACGGUUUUUCCUCCUAACUUUAUUAUUUCCAUCUUUUCUGGGCAUUAUAAAACCGAUUUUUGAGAGUUUCAAGUGAUAUUUUUGGAUUCGGGGUCUGUAUUUCGAUUCAGAGAAGCUUAAAAAAGGAGAAAAUUGGUCUGUCAGAUGUUUUUUUCAUGAAUUUAUCGCUUUAGACAUGAAAGGCCGAUUUUUCAUUGGUUUUUUUCAUGGAUAUUUUUGGGUUCAGGGAUAUUGAUUUGGGCUAUAAUUUUAUAAUUAGCUUCAAUAAAAUUAAAAUUUUGAUGUUUUAUUCUCAAAAAAAGGUUUUAUAAAAAAAUGAAAAAUAAGUUCACAGUCACACGAGAUGAUGAUCAGAAAAAAAAAAACGACAGGAUUGGCGAAAUAGCAUGUGAAUAGUAGAGACUCUGGUAUAGCCGUUUUUUUUUUAAUGAUUCAAGUGUGGUUGUUAUGUAUGUUCAAACAGGAUUGAAGCUUGAUGAAAUAGAAAUGUUGUUUUAUCCCAAUUUUGAAACGUAUAAAAAUUAGGAAUUGGCCACCAAAUUACUGAAUUUCUCACGUUAUUUUUUGUUCGUUUUUUAACAUUCUGAUUUUUUUAGCAUAAUAUGACUAUGCUUGCAAUCAUAUACUCGAAAAAAAUUAAAAAGUUUUCAAAAAAAUAAUCCAUUUUUUUAAUACUGAAAGAAAUUCUUCUGAUUUCAAGACCUCUUUUUUUCAUCAGAAAUUAAAAUUUUUUUCUCAAUUUCAAAAAAAUGCUGUUAAAUAAAAAUAUUAAAAAAAACGCAAAAAAAUGAAUUUAAAAAAAGAACAUUACUGAAAUUUUUCUUCCAAGAACAAAAAAACCUAAAAAAAAAUAGUAGAAUAAAUUUAUCGAAUUACUCUGUUUUUAUAAUAAUCUAAGUUGCAUAAAAAAAUUCACUUCCUUCUAUUAACUUUCUAUUAUUUUAUUCAUAAGCUGCUCAGAAAUUUCCGCCUUUUUUAAUGAAAAAAAUUUUUGAAUAUUGGUGGAAAAAAAAUAAUUCCAUAAAAAAACCGGCUGAAAAUAGUUCUUAAACUUACUAAAAUACUGUUUUAUACGUCUUUUUCUUUUUUUCAAAGCCCCUAUUUAUUAGAAGCGGAGCAAAAAUGUCCCUAUGCACUUGGAUGGUUUCCGACGCGGAAGGAUUGAUCAUGGUGAGAAAUGAGGGCGCUUUCAAGCCAAAAACCGGGAUUCCACCAAAUGCCGAAGUCGAUUUCAACUACUUCCUGGCCGUUACCGUGCAGGUUUCCCUGAUAUUCGAAAAUUAUUACCCUCAAAAUGAAAUCAGGGCGCCGUUCGGGCCCUGCUGCCCUUCUCGGAGACGUUCGUCUUGGCCAAACGGCUCAUUUCCAACCGACAGUACCGCAUUUUGAAGGUUUUUCUUUUGGAUAAAUGAAGUUUCAGGAAAAAAGUAUAUCUAAAAAAGUUUGAAAAAAAAAAUGAGGAAAGUUGUUAGUUUUUCCUGUGAGAGUGUUUCAUGUGCGGAAAAAUUUGGUUCAUUUUUUUCUGAUAGCUCCAAAAUUUUUUUCAUACAUUUUUUUCCCUAUGCAACCCAGGCAGAAAAUUUACCCGUAUAAUUCGAAAAUUAUGUCAAUUAAAAUGAAGAUUUUCCAUUUUUAAAGAUUUUCCCAAAUUAGAACUAUUUUGAAAAUAGAAUAUUCCAAAUUUUCAGAGUAUUGUAAGAAAAAUGUGCGAAAAAGCCUGUACAAAUCCAAAAAAACAGUUAGGAAAGUGUUUAAAUUAAUUUUUUUACUUGAGCAAGUUUUUCAUUGUAUUUUUUUGUUUCGUAUGGAAAAAUUUUUUUCAUUGUUUAUUAAAGAAAACAAAAAAAGAUUUCGGAAAAAUUUUUUUCUUUAGGAACUUUCAGGCUUUUUUUCAAUAGAUUUGAAGUAAUUUUACUUUAUCAAAAAAAUCUUCAAGAACUUGACUUUUUUUCGUAAUUUCUUCAGGGUAGAAUAUUGGCAAAAUAAAUUUUUUUAAACCUAACUGCCUUUUUGAAACUCCAUAAAGCUGAUAUUUUUUUUUCUGCGGACUGAAAUUCCCUCAAAGUGUUACAAAUAACAGUCAAAACAACUCCAAGAAGUUUUUAGAAAGACUAAGGUCUUUUCAAGGGAUUUUUGAUCAAAAACGCCUUUUUUCGUAUCUUUUCUGACGGAACUUUGGUUGCUUCAAAAAACUAGAAAAAAAUUUGAAAAAAGGCUUUCAAACUUAACUUUGUGCGCUCUAUGGAUAAACUAGAUGAUUUUUUUCGGUUUUCCACGGAUUUUAAAUGCAUAUGUUUUUUUUUUCCUCUAGUCCGCAAGAAUUUGUAAAAUUAUGAUUGUUUUAGAUUUUGAAGUUUUUCCCUUGUUAUUAUAUUCAUUUUUUCCCCUCUCAGAUGAUCAUGAACGAUUACGUGACGGAAUCCGACCCCCUCCGGCCGGCCAUCAAUUUCUAUCGUGGAAUCGCGUUCUCCGGAACUGAUCAUCCUACUAAAGUCUCUAUUCCUGCAGAAUAAAGCAGCUAUUUUCGGUUUUCAGGCGAUGGAAGCCUUCCAAGAGGCCGCUCAAGGGUUUUCCGCCGGCAAUAUGGCCGUGAGAAGAGCCGUCGCCGGACUUCUGCCCCGGGCUUUCAAACUCGAUCCGAGUCAUCCUUCCCAGAACCUUUUGGAUCAGUUGACCUUGGCUGAGUACUAUUUGACGGUGAAUAUUGAUCUAUUUUCGCUGGAGAAUCGAAAAAAUGAGCAUAUUUCUGUGAAAAAUUUGAAGGAAAAUCCUGAAUUUAUUGAUUUUUGAAUAGGAACUUUGCUUCGAGAUGUCUGAAAAAAAUGGCUUCAAUCAAAAUCAAAUCAAAAUGUUUUAUUUCUCACACACAAGUACUAAAUUUCACGAAAUAGAUGUAGGGAGAGUUUGGGAACAUAUGUGUCGGAACUUGUGGUGAUGGAGGGAAGAGGACUCGCGGUCGUGUUAACCCCCCACUUGAGUAAAUUGGAAUCUGUAAAAAAAUUUGAAAUCUCACCGAAAUUCAUGCAUUUUUUGAUAAAAAUGUUGCUGUAAAAUUAUCAAAAGUAGUAAAUUUUUAGAUUUUCCCAAUUAAUCGCUUUAACGGUUAAAGUAGAUGUCUUCAAAAAAAUUCAAAAAAAUAUCAAAAAAACUCGUCUUCGUGUCGGGAUAUUUUUUUAAUUUCGGUGAUGCUCCUUUGAAAUACGGGGAACUAAUUUUUUUGUAUAAAUGCUAUGAGAUUAUUUCAACAUGAACCUGCAUUUUUUUCUUUUUCGACUUGAAAAUUUUUCCUAAAAUAUCUAAAUUUUUUUCUGAUUACGAGGAGCUACUUGCAAAUGAAAAUAAAAAAAUAUAAGAUUUUUUUAGGAUUUCAUAGUAAGUUCAUGAAAAAAAUCGAAGUUAAGGGGGCUUAAGAUAUAAAAAAAUAAAGGAAAUAGGUACAAAUUUUUUUAAUUUUUGAGCGACUAGAAUCGCUUCAAAGUUAUGGGUUCUUGACUAUGAAAAAAAUAAUUCUUUGUUUUUGAAUUUUUUUCAGUUUCACUGAUUUUUUUCACCAGGUUUUUCAAAGUUCGGGCUAGAUGGGGCUUCAUAAAAAUUAGUUUUUGAAUUGACUUAUAAUUUUUUUCCCCUUUGACAAGGUAAAUAAGUACAAAAACCUCUAUUUUUGAAAAAUUCGAAAAAGUCUGUUGAAAGUUGUAUUCUCGCCGGAAAAUUAUUCAGUUAAAACGGACUAUUUUUUUCAGGUUCUGAAGUUCCUGCAAGAUAAUGGUUACGGCGAAGAAGUGGUCAACGUGGCGAUCCAUGCGAUCGAAACUUUGCCGGCCGAAAACGAAAGUGUGGUACGUUUCAAAGAAUUAAUAAAUUGUCUGUCAUUUCCGAAGAUUUUUGUUAUUUCAAUCAAUAAUUAUAACCCCCAAAAAGUGUACUCCAUUCGGCUUUAAACUUAGGUAUGUGUCAGAAUAAUAAUUAUUCAAUUUAGAGGAGAAAAAAAAAAAAAACCAUUUUUGGACUUUUUUUAUAGUUGAAAAAAUUCGAAAAAUCUUUAUUUUCAAUAUUUUUAGUAGCUCUGGGUAGCUUUCAAAAAGGGAAAAAAAAGUGACGAAAUGGUUCAAAAAUAAAGAGGCACUUUUUUUAUAAGCUUCUGGUCAAAGGGCUCUAUUUUUUUUCAAACUUGUCUUCAAGGUAAAAAAAUAGCCGUUUUUUUCUAUUUUUUUAUACUAUUUUUUUGACUAUCACAAAAUUAAAAAAAAUAAUUUCUGAGCCGGAAAAAAACACGAAUUUUUUUCUCAUUUCUGAACUUUUUGAUGGGUUAUUGGAUAAAUUUCAGCGCCGAAUGUCCAAUACGCUUUUCAAUCACCUGACGGGACGACAAGAAUGGUCCAAAGCUCUGCGAUUGAUCGUCAAAACCAGCAUCAAAGGUAUUUUCAACAAAGAAAAAAUAGAUGAAAUAUGCUCUACAUGAUUUUUCGAAAGCUUCUAAAUAUUUUUUUUUUCGUUAAAACAUGUGCUUUUCGUACUAAGAAAUAUAACUGACAGCGAAGUUCUCAGCGAAAAAAUUUUUUUAAAGCUUAAAGUUUUUCAAAAAAAAAAACCAAGGCUUCCUGUGAGGAUAAUUGAAACUCCAAGCGUGAUUUUCUGAAAAAUCGAAUUUUCGGAAAAGUUCUGAAUUUUUUUUUUGCCGAACGAUGAUUUUGAUCAAGCAGAGCUUACAAAAAAGUUCUCAGUGAAACAAUUUUUUUUGUUAAUUUUCCUUUUUUUUUUUUAAAUCGAGUUUUCUGUUCCACAUAGUUAGAUAUCAAGUCACGAUUUUCCUAUUCUCUGAGUCAUUUUCCCGUUUUUUCGAAUAGUUCAUUAUUUUUUCAUGAUAAUGAAAAUAAGAGCAACACGGCCAUUGAAAAAAUUGAACAAAAACGAGAAAAAACGAAUCUUGAGGUUCCCAACGAAGAUCUUCGAUCAACGAGCUUCUCGGUCUGAUGUUGAGGGCCGACGCCUGGGAAGAAGUCGCCACGAUGAUCUACGGGCCUUACGAGGACAUUGUAGGGCUUUUGGAUUUUCGAAGACUUUUUCAUUUUUGUUUUUAAAAAUUUCGUAAAGCUGACUUUGAUAGCUCGAAAAGCCGGAAAUAAGACAUAUUUCACAUAUUAUUCAGUUCACUCAGUUUAUCCAUGUUGGCUUUGAUUGAAAAAAGGUUUUUUUUAAUGAUAUAUUCUUCGUAUAGAUGAACCACAUUCCAUAAAUAGAAAAUUAUAUUCAUUUAUGCUUCGAAAUAGUACUGUUUCUUACUUUGGAACCAAUUUUCUUUUUUCCGAUGACAGCAAAAAACUUGAUAGCUCAAAAAGUUAAAAAAAAAUGAACCCCGUUUCAAGUAUGAUAUGAAUCUCGGAUUAAAAAGAUUUAUACCAUUCUCGACCGUCAUCAUUUGCUGAAAAGAAAAUCAAAAGGGGAUAAUUUUUCUUACUAGGGAACUACUCGGACUCGGGUAGGCGUUUCGAGUUGAAACUUUGGUGGCUUAUAGACCCGGGUAAGAGCACUUGGAAACAAGAGAAAUUAUCUGCUAAACCCCAUAGGCUUCUGAGAAAAAAGCUUUUUGAAAAUGAACAGUUUAGGCUUGAAAAUUAUCAAAUUUUUGCUUUUCGGCUCUUUUGGCUGGAAAAGAGUUUUUUAGAGUUUAUCAUAGCCGGAUCAUUCGAGGCGAUUGUAUUAAAAUAUAAAACAAGGUAGGAAACAGUAUUCUGAAAAUUUUCAGGCGUUAUUUUCACACUUUCCACUAAUUUUUUCUCAGUUCUCUACCGGGUUUAGCAGAUAUUCUCUCUUGUUUUCAGUUAUUCUGACUUGGGUCUAUAAACCACUAAAGUUUCAACUCGAAACCCGUACCCGAGUCCGAGUGGUUCCCUAGUUAGCAAAAAGUUUUGUACCUCACGGAUGAGUUUUUUUAUUUUUAGAGAAAAUUCCUUUUUCAAAGGAAUUUUUCAAGGUUUUAAAGUGUUGUCAAGAUUGAGUCAAGCAGCUCACCCCCCUUCUUUUUUUCUGUUUGUUGCAUCAAAAAAGACCAAAAAAUGUAGAAAUAUUAAUGGAUCACCGUCUCUGGAGAUAUGCGAGAAGGUACUGUUCCAGCGGGGAUGGAGUUUGCUGCUUUACAUUCUAAAUCUGGACAGACUAUACGGACCUCUUGAAGACAAUUUAGCACUUUGAACUUUUUCAAUGUUUUUCUGACGCCAUUUUCAAACUCAGCGGUGAGAUAUGAAGCUCUAGUUUACCACGGCAUGAAACUGGAACAAGAUUGAGAGAAGCUUGUUACAUUUAUUCUCAAUUUUCAGGUGGAAGACUUCUUGAGAGAUGCGGCCAGUCGACAAAAUCCAUCAGAGAAACGACAUCUCUACGAACUGUUGUUCUCGUUUCAUGUGGCUCGGCAGGAUUAUCGCAAAGGUGAGAGAACGGGAAAAAAUUCAGAUGGAUUAAUUGAAAAAAAAAGUCAAGCUCAAGCUUAAUUCAGUGGGAGAAAUCGGCCUUAGGAACUCCAAAGAGGUUCCUAUAGGGGCAACCAUAGGAGCCCCCCUAAGGGUUCCCUCUAGACACCACUUUACGGACCCCUAUAGGGGCCACUAAAACUUGCAAAAGGGGUCACGAUAGGGGACAUGCUAGUCGAUAAUUUUUAUGAGCUCUAGGCGAAGAAGCAUUCCCAUGGGGAAAAAACUGAACAAAUCAGCGAUUUUUGAAUGAAGUUGAGAGACCCCUAUAGGGUUCACUUGAGCUUUAGGAGCUAAGGAGUCAGUCUCUAAGCCCCUAUAAGGACCAACUUAAUUUUACCCUCAUAGGGACCACUUUUUCGGCCCCUGACCCCUAUAGGGACCACUCUUGAAUUGCUAAGUAGAUAUCGCGAUAAGUCCAAAUUCCAGGAGCUUGCGCCCUGUACGAAUUUGCGCGCUACAUCGAAGACGCCCCUGAAAUGACCUUGGCGCUGCUGAAAAAACGAAGAGAUGUCCUUUCUUCGGUCCUCGACGUCCAGGCGGUUCUCAGCAUCGAGCCCGAGCCCGGAGAAGUCGUCCUCGACGAUCACACCGACACCUCUCUCGUCUUCCCUCUCUGCACUGAGGUUAUUGUGGGAAAAGGGUUGAGAGAUCCUCAAAUGCUUGGAAAAAUGCUCAAAAAUCAAGUUUUGAGACGUAAUUUUGUCUCGAAAAACUACAAGAGCCCCAAAAAUUCUGUAAAAUGUUUUUACCAGGUCUCUGUGGAGUUGAAUCAUUCUGAAUAUUCUCAAAAAAGGUUCAGAAUCAAUUUUGAGACGUGAAUUCGUCCAAAAAGCUACAAGAAACUCAACAUUAUAUUCUUUUUUUCAGGUCUCUUUAAAAAAAAAAAGUUAAAAAAAUCCUGGAAAAACAGUUUUGGAGGUCUAAUUUAGUCGGAAAAGCUACAGGAAACUUCUAUGAAUGGAAAAAGUUCUUGGAAAUUUUUCCUUUUUCAUGACUUUCUAUCCUGGCAGUCGUUUUUACUGUGUUAAAAACUAUUUCUAGGAGGUUCUAAACUUCAAAAAUAAUGAUUCUAUUAGUUUAAUCAGAAAUAUUCAUUUAUAAAUAUCACUAUUGAGUGACUUCCACUUCUCAUUCUAAAAAUAGUAUUUUCUACCUAUUUUCAUCGAAAAAUGAUCAAAAAACGACGUGACAAGUUUCAGGAAGAGAAGAGCUUCAAGCCGAAACAACUGCCGACAGCUCCGGCCCAAGCGCCCAAGCCGGUCGCCCCGCCUCCACGUGCCCAAGCUCCCCAACUCAACAGCAGCUACUCGACGCCGACCCCCGUCGACACUUCCAACAGCAGCAGCUCCAAGGAUUGGCUCUCCCCGCCCAAGAAACCGCAGAUCUCCUGCUCCUCCAGCGCGAACUCCGACAGCGACGGCUUCGUCCAGUGCAAUCAUCAGCCGAACUCCGAGAAAGUCGUCCCGCCGCCAGGCAGAAACGAGGAGAUGGACGUCGAAUCCAGCCCCAGUGGAUCUUCUGGAGAGAAGGAGCACGACAACGAGUCGUCGGAAGCUGGCGGGAAGCACACCUCCGUUCUGGGCAGACGCCAGAGAGUCAUCGUCAUCACUGAGAACAUGUGCGUUUAGAACCUCCUGGUCGCGUUUAGAAUGGCUCGACGCGCUGCGCACUAAUUAAAACUGCGGAGAUGAAAGCGAUGUAGUUGGCGACAUCGCAAUAGUGCUGCUAUAAUGGCAGCUCUCUCGCAUUACCGCAUUUUUCUCUGUGCAACUCGCUUCUUGGAAAUUGCCCUUUUUUAUGCGGGAUAAACGCGACAUCGCUCCAAGAAAAAUAAAAGUUCGGCGUGGCGACAAAGCGGUUAAUUUGAGAGUUUGUCUCGAAAGCGAUGUCGCUAGCUGCUUUGUAGCCGCGACUUGCAUUUUGAUUGUCGCGACCUCGCAUUUCGGAAAUUUUCGAAUUUUUUUUGAAUUCGCGAGGUUUUCUCGCGGUAUCGCUUUUCUCUCGCCCCGAACUUGACAGUUAUCUUUGGUUAAACAAGAGUAACAGCCGGGAGAAAAGCGAUGUCGCUAGCGAUACAUUGACGAUAUCGCGGAAGUGGUGCUUUGUAGCCGCGCCCUGCAGUUGGAAAUUUCCGAAUUUUUUUUUUCAUGCGAGAUAAAUGCGAUAUCGUUCCAAGGAAAAUGCGAGUCCGGCGCGGCAACUAGUCGGUUAAUUUGCGAGGUUGCCGAGACGAAAGCGAUAUCGCUAGCGAUACAUUGAAGAUCUCGCGAAAGUGAUGCUUUGUAGCCGCGCAUUUCAUUUUCUUUGUCGCGACCUCGCAUUUCGUGAAUUUCUGAGGUAUUUUUUGAUGCGGGAUAACUGCGAUAUCGCUUCGAAAAGGCGAAUUUGGGCCACACCAAAAGGUUUAUUCGCUAUGUCGUCAAUGUCAAUGUACCGCCACCGACAUCGCUUUCAUCUUGCGACGGAUCUUGAAAAUUUUUUUCUGGAUCAAUAGUUCAAACUCUAAAGCCGCAGUUUGACACGAAUUUGUGUUUUUUAUUCUGAAUUAUUUUGCUUGUAAUAGAUCUUGAAACUUUGAAUGUCAGAUGCCGCCUAUGGAAAAUUUCUCGGUCGAAUCCUCAGUUUCAGUCUUCACUUUCAGUGUCCGAGGCGAGUACAUCCUCUCCUCGGCGUUGGUGGCCCUUCUGACGGCGCCGACCUGGCAAGGAAACCUCCCAAUGAUCCCCGAAGACCUUUACAAGGCCUGCGUCGACCAUCAGCUCUACGAUUUCGCUUUUGAUGUUGCGCGGUACCUUAUCCAAGAAAGAAAAUUUUAAAAAUAUCAUUUCCAGUCACUUUGACCUCUCCAUCUACGAGUUGAUGUUUGCGGUGACCCGCGAGGCGAUCAAACUCGACUCUUUUGGAGACCGGGAAACUGUCGAACUGGCCUCGAAUAUUUCCGACGGAUGGGUCCGAAAUAAUCGCCGACACUGUGAUAUGUUCGGCGGAAGGUGAGGAGUUGGGAGAAAAUUAUAUUAUUGGGAAAAAAGUAAAACUUGUAUAAGAGGAAGAAAAUAUUCAUUUUGAAGUCCUCAAGGUAUCUCCACGAAAUUUAAAGUAGAGAAAAAAAAGAUAACGAACUUUUGGAGAGUCAGAGACAGUUUUUACGAUUCUCGGACUUCGAAAAUAUACAGAAAAAAUGUAAAUUAUUCAAAAAUUCUAAGAGUAAGUUGUAAUUUGGACUUAUCAAUCAUCUAGACGUUUUCCCCUUGUACUCGUAUUUCUCACCUAAAACUAGAAAACCCGCCUAAAUUUGACUUUCUAGCUCGUCAACUGUAAAUAAUCCGAAAACAAGAGAUUUUCGGAACCGUUCGUUAUUUUAAUUUUCCUUGUAGAAUCAAAAAAAGUGAAAUCUGAAAAACUAGUCAAUAUUUUAAACAUAUUCUCUGGAAAAGUUGGGUUUUUUAGUGUGAUUUUCAAAAUUUUUAAGAGAUUCGCUAAAAAUUUGAACCCUCCGUUCGCGAAUUUUUUUUUAUUCCGAGAAUUCGCGCUCCACCGAGAAUGAAGCCUGCAACCGAUACUUGGAACUUUUGAACUUUAUUUCUUUGAAAAAACAUUUUCCCGCUGGUGGAAAGUGUUCAGGGAGUAAAUGCGCGAAUAUUGAGAAAACUUCGAACUUUGGAGUACCAUAAAAAAUUAAUUGAAAAAAGUUUAAUAAACAUUUUUUCGUCUCGAAAGUUCUCCGAAAAAAGGGUAUGAUUUCAGUGUCGACCACUGGGCGAUCGUCCGCGGGAUUUUGGCGGCGGCCCGAGCCAAAUGGCCGGCCGAUUCGAGACCCCUCCGAGGCUCCACCAACGCUUUCCUCUCACAUCAACUCGAAGCGCCCUGUUGGCUUCAUUUCGAAUAUUUGGUAACUUUUGGCGAUUUUUUCGGCUUACAAUGAUGAUCAAUUCGGCAAGCACUUCAGGAUCUCUAACGCUAAAAAAACUGCUUUUUCAUUUUUUGGCGCGAAAUGAAAUUCUCUGCUUUAUGGAUUUCGUUCUCAGUCGUUUUAGGAUCAAAAUUGAGGAACUAAAAUCUCAAUUUUACCUUCAAAAGUCGAAAAAGUGUAUCAGUUAUUUCAUCAAAAAGUGUAUCAGUUAUUUCAUCUCACUUCAACACAAAUAUGUGCAGAAUACAGAAUAAAAAGUGUUUCUAAGAGAAGGUGUAUAGUAGAAAUGAACGAUGUCUUUCAGAAACACGACGCCAACGACUAUCUCCGAUGCCUCGUCGACUACGAUCACUUGUUCACGGCGCUUCAAGUGAUCCUCGAAGUGAUCGACGAAGAAAUCGCCAAGGUCUCCUUGAAGAGAAGCAUCCAGAAGUUCAUCCAAACGGUUUCCAGGCACGAUCCGCCGAAUCGAAGACCUGGCUGCCCUACGGCGUCAUCGACGAAGUCCUCAGGCUCACUGCCGGCUCCGCCCAAAAACCCUUCCGGACCAAACAUGAGGAGCAAAACGCGGCUGACAUUGCCAAGGUUGGGAGAAGAGAAAAACAAGAAUUCAGGGAUUUUUUACCUUAAAAUUGAGAUUCAAUGUCGUAGGAGCAUUGUCUUAGAUUUUUUUUAAUGAACAGGACCUUUCUCAGGUUUUUUAAAUUUUUGGCUUUUUUUAAAGAACGACUGAAGGAAAAGUCAAGGGAAAUUCUUGUGAUUUUUUUAAAUUAAAUUUUUUUCAAGUUUUUCUUGAACGAUUCUCCUCGGUGUACGAAAAAAUUCCAGGGACUCUUUUUAAGAACAAAAAAAUUGACGAAAAGUUUGAUAAAAUUAUAUAAUCUGAUUUUUAAUUCUCAGAUUUUUUUAGUGAAUUUUUUUGGAGUUUCCAAUGAGAAAGAACUGUUAAAAAAACUUGAAAAAAAUAAGGUUUUUUCAAAAUUCAGGAGGCUUCAUUCAAUUAUUUGUAUCACUAACGCCUAGAAUUGGAGAAAAGAUUCCAAAAAAAAUUGAAUUUUCGAGAAUCUUUAGUUCUGUCCGAAAAGUGCUAGAUAUUACUUUACAAAAAUUCAGUUUUAUUUGAAUUUUCAGCAACUUUUCUUCGAUUUUUUUCAGGAAUGAUAGUUGCUUUGUGAAAAUGUUUCUGAAAAUAAAAAUUCAAUCAAAAUUUUGUCGAAUAGCGAAAAAUCACGUUCAUAGAUGAGUCAAUGAUACGUUGAAAUUUCAAUUGAACUGAAAUUUUUUUCAGAAAUUUUUCCUAUUUUCAGCAAAAAAAUCGGAUUUGUGAAACUUCCUCAUUGAAUAAAUCUUGAAAAAAAUGCACUUGAUAAUAACUUUUUUUAAAGACCAAUCAAUAAUCUAAUAAUUUUUCAGUUGCGCCAAUUCGCCAACGAAAAGCUCAAUUCCUACUUUUCCCGUGUCAAAAACCACGAAAAAGCCUACCAAAUGAGCUGCAAUUUUUUCAAUGAUCGCUAA